AUGGAAUUCCCACGGGAAGCGCCUAAUCGACUCCCAGCUUCCACCAUCAUGAUUCACAUGUCCAAUGGGCCAUUCCUGCCACCGGGCCAGUCUUUCGAGAAAAUGCAAUCUCCAAGUCGUCCUCAUUAUCAUUGGACGAGAAAUAUCAGCAAUUGCAGAGUUGGGGAGGCAUCCAAUCUUGGUUGCAAAGACAUUGGCUUUUGUCUCUUAUCGUGUGGAGUCUUUCGAGGUUCCGAACCUUUGGGAAAUCUAAUCGAACUGGCAUUGGACGUGAUUGUUCACUACUGCUUCAAAGAAGAUUCUUCUUUGGAACACUGGAUCCAAAAGGUUGUCUUUGUAGCAUACACACAAGAAGAGCAAGAGGUGCGAAAACGACAAGUCAAAGAAUCGGAACACGUUUCCAGAAGACGAAGAAAGCAUGUGUCUAAUCCAAGUACAUAUGUGCAUGGAAAUAUAUAG